AUGAGUUCCCUUAACUGCCACAGGACCCAGCAAACAGGCAACGAGGGUCAGGCCGGCCUCACUUCCGGUCAAUACAUUCUUUUUCCGGCCAGCUGGACCGAAUCUAGCUCUCCCGCACCCGUUCAGUUAAGCCCCGCCCACCAGCGAAAACCAACGCCCAAUAGAAUGCAGCCGUUGGGGGCGCUUCCGCCCCGCCUCCCAGGAACAGCUGACGGGGCACCGGAAGCCGCGCAUCACUGGGCCCCUCUCAACUCUAUGCUCCCGCGGCCGCUUCCCCGUGCCAGCCACUUCCGUCCGGGACCGGAAGUGACGCUCCCCCGCGGCGGUGCGCGCUCGUUCCCCGUCCCCAUCCCCCGGCGGCCGAGGAUGGCGGAGGCGCCGGCGGAGGCCCGGGAGCGGCUGGGCCUGUGGGAGCGGCCCGCGCGGCCCCUGGCGCCUCUCAGCGAGCGGCAGAGCGACUCGGUGGUGGAGCUGCGCCAGGCCUUCCUCUGCCCGCCCGCCCCGCCGGAGCUUCCCAUUGAAGAUUUGAGCAGCCUGGGGCAACUGUCGUUAACCAUAAGACUGACAGCUGCAGGGCCGGAAUCCACAGAAGACACCCUUGCGAAAGGCUUCUCCACUUUGGGAAUGGAAAGUGAAAGGAUUGAAACGGCACAGCAGUUUUUCUCAUGGUUUGCUCAGCUCCAGACCCAGAUGGAAGAAGAUGAAGGAGCCAAGUACGGACAGAUGAGGGCUUAUUUGUCGGGAUUUGAAGAGCAGUGUGAUGCCAUCCUGAGCGAUGUGAACAGCGCUCUUCAGCACUUGGCCUCGUUGCAAAAGCAAUAUCUCUUUGUGUCGACCAAAACAGGAACUCUGCACGAAGCCUGUGAACAGCUGUUGAAGGAGCAGGCAGAACUCGUGGAACUGGCAGAAAAUAUCCAACAGAAGCUGUCGUAUUUUAACGAGCUUGAAAAUAUCAACACGAAACUGAAUUCCCCGACGUUGUCUGUUAACACCGAAGGCUUUAUCCCUAUGCUGGCUAAACUUGACGAUUGUAUUGCGUAUAUUUCCUCACAUCCAAACUUCAGAGAUUAUCCUGUAUAUUCAACCAAGUUCCAGCAAUGCCUUUCUAAAGCCAUGCACCUCAUGAAAAUGUACACUGUGAACACACUGCAGAACCUCACAAACCAGCUGAUUAAAAGGGACCCUUCUGCUGUGCCAAAUUCAGACAACGCCUUCACGUUAUUUUAUUUGAAGUUCCGAGCAUCAGCUCCCAAAGUCAGAACACUUAUUGAGCAGAUAGAGCAGCGAUCUGAGAAAAUGCCAGAGUACCAGCAACUGCUAAGUGAAAUACAUCAAUGUUACCUUGAACAGAGAGAACACUUAUUGGGGCCUAGUAUUACCAGUACUGUAACAGAAUUAACCAGUCGGAACAACAGAGAUCAUUGUGCUCUGGUCCGAAGUGGCUGUGCCUUUAUGGUCCACGUGUGCCAGGAUGAACAUCAGCUUUACAACGAGUUCUUCACCAAACCGACCCUGAAACUGGAUGGUCUUUUAGAGAAGUUAUGUCUGUCCCUAUACGAUGUCUUGAGGCCAUUAAUCAUCCAUGUAAUUCACUUAGAAACGUUGUCUGAGCUCUGUGGGAUUCUGAAAAAUGAAAUGCUUGAAGAUCAUGUGCAAAACAAUGUGGAACAGCUGGGUGCUUUUGCCGCUGUGGUCGAGCAGAUGCUGGAGGAUGUCCAGGAGCGCCUGGUCUACCGGACACACAUCUACAUCCAGACUGACAUCGCGGGCUACAAGCCGGCCCCAGGGGAUCUGGCUUAUCCCGCCAAGCUGGAAAUGAUGGAGCAAAUAGCGCAAAGCUUGAAGGAAGAAGAGAGGAAGUUGCCGGCAGCUGGUUCGUUCUCAGACGUGAAGCUGGAAGAUCCAGAGAGCUGCGGUGCGGGGAAACCCGAUGCAUCAGAAUCCUGCCCCCCCAGAACGCAUUCCACGAUUUCGCCCGCCGACCUCCACGGAAUGUGGUAUCCCACCGUUAGAAGGACGCUUGUGUGUCUCUCCAAGCUCUACAGGUGCAUUGAUAGGGCCGUCUUCCAGGGGCUGUCCCAGGAAGCCUUAUCCGCCUGCAUACAGUCACUGCUGGGGGCUUCAGAUUCCAUCGCUAAAAACAAGGGCCAGGUGGAUGGGCAGCUUUUCUUAAUAAAACAUCUUUUGAUCCUUCGUGAGCAAAUUGCUCCUUUCCACACGGAAUUCACCAUUAAGGAAAUUUCCCUGGACCUUAAGAGAACUAGAGAUGCGGCAUUUAAAAUCCUGAAUCCCCUGACGGUGCCACACUUCUUUAGACUAAGUAGCAGCAACGCGCUGAUACAGUUCUUGUUGGAGGGCACGCCGGAGAUCAGGGAACAUUAUAUUGACUCUAAGAAGGACGUGGAUCGGCACCUGAAGUCCGCCUGUGAGCAGUUCAUUCAGCAACAGACAAAGCAGUUUGUAGAUCCACUGGAGGAAUUCCUGGCAAAGGUUUCUGCUCUGAAGACGAUGGCUAAAGAAGGGGGCCCGACGUACAACCUCUUGCAGCAGCCGUGGGCACAGCCAGCAAAGGUCGGCGACUUGGUGUCUGCAACCUACCGGACGAUAAAAACGAAGCUGCCGUCGACGUUACGGAGUAUGUCGCUGUAUCUGUCCAAUAAGGACACGGAAUUCAUUUUGUUCAAGCCAGUUAGGAACAAUAUUCAGCAAGUGUUUCAGAAGCUGCAGAGCCUGCUGAAAGAAGAAUUUAGUAACGAAGACCUCCAGAUUGUCGCAUGCCCUUCAAUGGAGCAGGUGAACCUCCUUCUGUCCAUGGCCAAGUAGGCGUGCUCUGCAGAACCUGUCCGGCUUCCG